AUGGCGCGGCCAAUCCAGGUGAAGCCUGCGGACAGCGAAAGCCGCGGAGGUAGUUGUCAUCUCUCCGUGGUGUCUCCGCCCACAGGGGACCGGAAGCUGUUUGUGGGGAUGCUGAACAAGCAGCAGUCGGAGGAGGACGUGCUGCGGCUGUUCCAGCCCUUUGGGGUCAUCGACGAGUGCACGGUGCUCCGGGGGCCAGAUGGCAGCAGCAAAGGCUGUGCCUUCGUGAAGUUCUCCUCCCACACGGAGGCUCAAGCGGCCAUCCACGCCCUGCACGGCAGCCAGACCAUGCCGGGUGCCUCCUCCAGCCUGGUGGUCAAGUUUGCCGACACGGACAAGGAGCGAACACUACGGCGCAUGCAGCAGAUGGUGGGCCAGCUGGGCAUCCUGACGCCAUCCCUCACCCUGCCCUUCAGCCCUUAUAGUGCCUACGCCCAGGCUCUCAUGCAGCAGCAGACAACGGUCCUGUCCACCUCGGGCAGCUACCUGAGCCCCGGCGUGGCCUUCUCACCCUGCCACAUCCAGCAGAUCGGCGCCGUCAGCCUUAAUGGGCUGCCUGCCACACCCAUCGCCCCUGCCUCUGGGCUGCACUCGCCCCCACUGCUCAGCACUGCCGCCGUGCCCGGCCUCGUGGCUCCCAUCACCAACGGCUUUGCAGGUGUCGUGCCCUUCCCUGGCGGGCACCCCGCCCUAGAAACUGUAUAUGCCAAUGGCCUCGUGCCCUACCCAGCUCAGAGCCCGACCGUGGCCGAGACCCUGCAUCCCGCCUUCUCCGGAGUCCAGCAGUACACAGAGCCCACCUUUGGUCCUGCCCUGGCAUCCUUCCCCGCCUCCGCCAACACCCCAACCCUUCUCUGGCUCGUGAGACCUGCCGUGGCCCCAUCCCGAACUCGAGACCCCGCCCCCGAGUCCUGCUGGAGAAGCCAGAUGUGGGCUCUGGACCCACGCCCCUCCCCCCGGGGGGGUCCACCUCCCCUCCUUGGGGGCUUUACCUCUUUCUCUCCCCCACCUGCAGGUCCCGAAGGCUGUAACCUGUUUAUCUACCACCUCCCCCAGGAGUUUGGAGACACGGAGCUGACGCAGAUGUUCCUCCCCUUCGGCUUCGUGAGCUUUGACAACCCGGCCAGCGCGCAGACCGCCAUCCAGGCCAUGAACGGCUUUCAGAUCGGCAUGAAGAGGCUGAAGGUGCAGCUGAAGCGGCCCCGAGACCCGGGACACCCCUACUGACGCCCACAGCCGCCCCCGGCUGCGGGCUUGGCCCAGGUGAGGGGCGUCCCACCCCAGGAGGGUUUCCCGCUUCAUCUGGUCCAGGAGAUUUUCGUAAAUUCCAACCGAGCUCGGACACCAGCCCUCCCUCCCUCUCCCAUCUCCCCUUGCCCCCCCAAAAUGUGAACUGCUGCCCAAGGGGGCGGGGAGGGGGGAGCUCCUGAGGUGGGGGCCCAGGGGUCCACCAGCCCCUCCUGGGGGAUUUCCUCGCUUCCUGCCACACGCCACCUUGGUGGCUUCCCCAAACGAAAUCACAACUUUUCCUAUAUAUAUAUAUGCAUAUAUAUAUAGAGCUAUAGACGGUAUAUAUAUUUUUUGAGUAUAGAUCAUGGGACCAAACUUUUCUGACUUCCUUCCAUCCCUGGGCGGGUCACUCAGCAGGGACACACGAAGGGCUGAGGCCGGCCGGGCACCCGGCGUCUCCCCACCUCCGGCUGCCGCGUCAGACCAGGGUGCGGGACCCCAGGAGUCGUGGGCCAACCUGCACACCGCCAGGACUUUGGCCCCGGUUCUCGCGGGCCCGUGGGCUCCUCCGGCUGAGCGUCCCUGGUCCCGGCUGCGACUUCCGGAACCCCCGCCCUCUCCCUCGUCCCAGGGCCCUGCCUUCCCGGCGCAGAAGAGACCCCUGGCCUCCCCCGCCCGCCCCCCGAGUCAUAGCCUUACUCAUGUGGCCAAUAGCCCUUAGCUUUUCCGUCGGGGGGCAGACAGGGUUGGGGGGACCCCAACCCCCACGCGCCCUCCCAAGGGCAGGCAGCCCGCCGUCCCUGCCUUCGGAUCACCAGCCUGGAGCUCACGAUCUCACGAUCUCACGACCAAGGUCUCUGCGCUCGUCGGACCAGCCCGACCGGCACUGGCCAAGCGCCCCUUUGCCGAAGAUACCUCUUCAAAGAAUUUUUUUUUUUUUUUUUAAAUUUUGGUCUUUCU